AAAACUGGGUCCUGUUGCCCGCCAAACUUGAUUCCAAAAUGGCGGCGAAAGAAUGUUUUUCGCAAGAACACCACUGUUUUUUUUAGAUAAAAGGGAAUUACCAUGGAUAAAAUGUCAGUAAAGCCUGCCCGGUUUGUCCCUUUUGUCCCCUAUGGACGGGAUUAUUACAGAGCACACCCAUUUGGAGAAAAAGAGGAAAAUAGCCACAAUGAUUUGGCAGAGGGUUCCCAACACCAUCUCUCGACUUCGGAGACAGAAAAGAGAAAAUUCCAGUCUGAAAAAUGGAAGAUUUAUAGCAGUAGCAGAAAUGAUGGACUGGGUGGCGAUGUAUGUGAAGAAGAGCUGUAUGUCCGGGGUAACACAGUCGUAUGGAGUCAGGGAGCGGCCCAGGAUUCUUGGGUUCCUGUCAAGACAUUUACUGUUAACUCUGAGGUGGUUGAAGCCAUAUGGUGCAAGUUCUCUCUGCCAUCAGCGGAUAAAGAAGAGAAAGAACUCCAAAAGUGUCUGUGUGUAUUUGAAAAGGAGUAUCUGAAUGUGUUUGGUGAAGACGGUCUUACGCACGUUGCUUCACUUCCCUUCUUGGUGAAUAAUGUUUGGGCCAUUCCUGGAGGGCUUAUGCUUGAAAGAGCUGUCACACCAAGUGAACUUGCUGGACAAAAAAGGGAGGUGCCAACUCUCUUCAGCCUGCUUCACCCUCUAGAUGAACCAAGACCCGUGACCUCCCAUGCCCAUGAUAAAGUGUCCUACAUCUGUGAUCCUACUCUAAACGUGUUGUAUGCGACAGAGAAGCCCCCAGUAGUCAUGAUGUAUGAUUCUUUGCUUGGCCUUCACUCUCUCUGGCUACUUAGCGAUGCUGUGCAGGAGGAUGUUCCACAGUCUCCUCGCACACCACAGCUUUACCCAGAUCAAAGUUUGUCACAACAACAUCACACACCUUCAUUCUCCGCCUCUGUCUUCUCACGAUUAUCACUAGCCACUCCUACUCACUCCCCGUUACGCCUGUACACCCCUUCUCCUGCUGGAAGGUCCCAAUUACAGUCUCCUGUUCCACUUCGCUUGAUGUCUCCAGCGCUAGGACAGGUUCCUGCUACCAAUACAAGGUCGCCAUUUCUUGAAUCCCCACUUAUGAUGAAUGCCCGUUCUCCUGCUGUGUUCCGCUCUCCCCCUGGUGGAGGGGCUAGAGAUGAGUCCUAUCUUGAGGGCUUUGAGCCGUUAGCCCCUGAGAUCUGCCUCAGACAUACAUGGCAAGAGGCUCCAACAGCUGUAAGACAUGGAGCCAAAGGCAAAGCCAGUAAAGUGUUACUGACUUCUGACAUGUUUGGUAACAUCUAUGUGUGUUAUUUGGUGAAGCAUACCAACAGACUAAGACUACUGAAGUUGCUGUCUAAUGAGGACAGCAAACAGCUUAUUGUUGUACCUGCCGAGGACAUCCCAGCUAAGGAUGUUGUUGAAAUCAAGGAGCUCAACAUGAUGCUUGUGCUGGGAAUGGAUUCAUCUCUAAUCCUGUAUAGUGGACAAAUAAAGGCAUGUGUUGUGCAUCUACCAAACAUUGCAGGGAUGGCAUCAGUCGCUACCACUGAUCCUAUAAUUGAUGAGGUUAUGCUACUAUCACCUCCUGCAACUGAUCGCAGCAAAAAGCCAGCCAAUAUUCAAGCCAGUAGCAGCAGUGAUCCAGGCUUUGAGGUAGACGCAUUACAGGACCCUGUUCCUUUUGGCUGUAAUCUGAUGUCAGCACGAGGUACAUCGUAUCGCUUGCUCCUCCCAAAGCUUUGCGAAAACCCUACAGUGUUGCGUUGUAUCAACGCGUUGAAGUGUCUACUUCCAGCUUCAGCAGCCUCACAGUUAGUGCUGGGAUUCUACUGCAUUGCGCACCACAACUCAGACCGCCUGCUUUGGGAGAUUCCUGACGAAAGCGGGUCUGGAGUAGAGCGUUUUGUCUCAUGCUUGCAACGCAUGCUGGGUUACAGAGAGACGCCUUUUGAGGAUCCGGAUGAGCAGAUGAAAUCAGACUCACCCGCCGCCAAGAAAUCCAGGACAGACCAGGAACUUGAAGGCGAUGCAGCCUGGGAAUGGCUGUUGAGCAGUGACUACCACCAACACAUGCAGAGCGACAUGCGAGGACAAUUCCAAUCAAUCCAAACUUCAGCCUCCACACUAAGCCAGUCGACCAGAUUAGAACACACGGAUGCCUUGCUGAAUCACCUGCCGUCGGUUUUGUUCACUCUUCAUCUAGUUUACGAGGAUUUAAAGCUUGACAUAUUUUCGAGGAAAGAUCAGCAAGUGCUGUGCCACUUCCUCUGCAAGCUUUCAAGGGAUCUAGGCUGGGAGCGGUACACGUAUCACUAUUAUCGUGAUUAUCCGGUUCUCGUACAGAGCCCUUAUACUGAGCCGACGGGGCAGCUGAAAGAUCGUUUAAAAGCGUUGAAAGUCCCCGAUUUUGUGACUACAGAACCGCCUAGUAUCCACAAUUGGCUGGUUGCUUGUCUUCGAGGAGAUAUGAGAAAACCAUUUCCUCUCAUAAAAAACGUGUGCCGACAGACUUUUCUUAUAACCAUGAUAUAUUCGUUGUUCAUGCCGCUAAAAGAUGGAAGCUACUUUACUGAAUCGUCGCGCCUGUACCACACGCUCCCGCCUAAAGGGAAAGAAAAAAGGAAUAGUCUGCCCAAUAUCAAGUUGAUGAGCUGUCAAUCAAGUGCUGAACGAGUUAUCAUGUUUAUGGCCGGGCAGGGUGUGACCGCGACUGAUCUAGACCGGCUGCCGAUUGGUGUAGGUCUUCCCCUGAGAGAGGCUAUCCACAUGUGUACUCGCAACCCGCCCUUCAAUCUGUCCCAAGAAGCCUUCUCCCUUAUUGGUCGGGAAGAUCUCGCAGCUCAAGCAAGUGCUCGGGAUAAGGAAAUCCUUCCUCAACACGGCCCUCUCAGUAAAACAGCCCUCAAGGAAGGCGAUAUCGACGACGGCAUGGAGUUCAGUGAUGAGAUCAUGAAAUUGCGCUUUGGCGAGGAUCUCCGUGUGCAGGAGGUCAGACGGUUGCUACAGUCUGCUCGACCUGCACAGGUCAGACUAGUGCAGAAACCUGAAGUCAGUGAUCACGACUUCAUCCAAGAGCAGGAGACAAAGCUGUUGCUUAUGUGCAAAAGGGUGAUGGCUUUAUCAGUUGGCAGAGGCAUGUUCACACUGGCCACCUCGCGUCCCAUCCUGACAGAGACCUUACCCAUCCCGACACUCGAGCUCACAGGCAGGGCUCCGCCCAGAAACACGGUGGUAGGGCUUGAUCACGUGGACUGCCCGGCGGAUAUGAGGGUGUGGCCGCAGUUCCAUAAUGGCGUCGCCGCAGGGCUUAAGAUCGCCCCUGGGAUCUCACAGAUCGAUAGCACAUGGAUCGUUUAUAACAAGCCCAAAGAAUUGACCAAUGAGCAUGCUGGGUUCUUGAUGGCGCUAGGUCUAAAUGGACACCUUGGUAACCUCUCCUAUAUGAAUCUCCACGACUACCUUUGCAAGGGUCAUGAGCUUACAACAGUUGGUCUUCUGCUCGGGAUCUCUGCAGCAAGGCGCGCCAGCAUGGACCUAUCCACCACCAAGGUCCUCAGCAUCCACGUAGACGCUCUCCUCCCCCCUACCUCUGCUGAGCUGGACGUACCCCACUCCGCCCAAGUAGCAGGGGUGCUAGGCGUUGGCCUUGUGUAUGAGGGCACCGCCCACAGGAGGAUGGCAGAGGUCCUUCUCUCUGAAAUAGGUCGUCCUGCCGGACCCGACAUGGAGAACGCUGUCAACAGAGAGUCCUACUCGCUGGCGGCGGGACUCGCCCUAGGCCUCGUCAUGCUGCAGCAUGGUAACGAUGCGCUGGGCGUGUCGGAUCUGAAGAUGGCAGACCAGUUGUUUCAGUACAUGGUUGGAGGACAGAAGAAGCCACAGACCGGCACCCAGAAGGAGAAGUUCAAAUCCCCGAGCUAUUUAAUCAAGGAGGGUGAUACAGUUAACAUAGACGUGACAGCAGCCGGUGCGACCUUGGCACUUGGGCUAAUGUUCAUGAAAACCAACAACAGUUCCGUAGCCUCGUGGCUAGACGCUCCCGAUACUCAGUUCCUUCUGGAUUCCGUUAGACCAGACUUCCUCCUACUUCGGUUGCUGAGUCGAGGGCUUAUCAUGUGGGAUUCCAUCCAGCCGUGCAAAGACUGGGUCGAAAGUCACAUCCCUGACAUUGUUCAGAAGUAUGCGUUUUGCGCAGAUCCGGAAACCCUGAAGGUAGAUGACUCCGACAUCGACCUUCAGACCCUCAGUCAAGCUAAAGCCAGUAUCAUCGCAGGCUGCUGCCUCGCCAUGGGGAUGAGGUUUGCUGGCUCAGCCAAUCAGGAAGCAUUCACGUGUUUGAUGCAUUACACCAAGUACUUCAAGGACCUUCUUGGUAGUGCAGUUGGUGAGCAGGCUGGCAAGCCCACUCUAGAGACUUGUAUGGACGUGUGCCUGAUCUCUGUAGCUCUAGUGAUGGCAGGAUCUGGAAACCUUGAGGUGCUACGAAUCACCCGACAACUCCAUAAGCGACACUCUGCCGAUGUUUCUUAUGGCAGCCACAUGGCUGUACAUAUGUCAAUUGGCUUGCUGUUCCUAGGCGGUGGAAGGUACACGCUGAGCACCAGUGGACCUGCCGUGGCUGCGCUCGUGUGCGCUCUUUACCCGAAGUUCCCCAUCUCCAGCACCGACAACAGGUACCAUUUACAAGCGUUCCGCCACCUCUACGUGCUUGCUGCCGAGCCACGAGUUCUAGUAACCCGAGAGGUAGAAAACAACACAGCGUGCUAUGUCCCCAUCCAAGUCACGCUCAAGAGCACUGAGUUUUACCACGAGACCACGCUCGACAUGAUUUCACCCUGCAUUCUGCCAGAGUACAACCUUAUAAAAAAGAUUUCAGUCGUGAGCCAGCGAUAUCUACCAAUCAGCAUCGAUCUCGGCACAGAUUCCUCGAUUUCAAGAUGUCUUUCCAAGUUCGGGACGGUGUUUGUCAAGAGACGAGCUGGUUAUCUCUCCUACGCUGAUGAUCCUAAGGGAUAUAGGAACCUUCUUGCCAGAACCUUCCCAGAGCAGUCCGACAAGACUGACGUGGUCCGGUCGUUCUCCUCCGAACCUCAGAUGGUCACCUUUGCAGGGCUGUUUUGUGAUGUCCACUCUGUAUGCCGCAAGGAGAAACAGCAAGCCGCAUUUAUUGGGGCAGUGUUGCAUGAAUGUAUCACAGAUGAGAAACCAGGAGCUAUCGGACUCUAUAUGGCCAUUAAACAGGCAGUAGAAUCGGUAGAGGCGCAUAAAGACCCCAUGGCAUUGUGGGAACUCAAGCUGGUCCUAAGUUUCUACGGUAACGCCUUUGCAAAAAUCAUUGCUCAUUUUGGCAAAGAUGUCAAGCCGUUGCUAAGUGAGGACUUCGUAACCCAAUGCAAAGCUUGUCUGGACAAAACACUCGAUCAUGCUACACAGACAGGCAAUAUCCCUGUCUCGUCAUCCCUUGAUUCAUUAAACAGCAGUCUGCAAGCAGUGGAGUUCGCAAUUCACCACGACCUACCACCUCCCCACAAACAGCCACUAUCUGCAUUACAAGGCUUAUCAUUGGUUGAUGCUGUAAAGAACUCAACCAUCCCCACACCUGCUUUGGUCAGGCUGGCUUUGCCAUGAUGAAUCAGCAACUCUGAAUCACAGACCAAAGAAGACUAUCUCAGAAAAUUGAAUGCUGUAUAGUUAGGAAUUUUGAGUAUUUUGUAAAUAAUAAAGACAUUAAAAAAUGCAUAGACUUCUAUAAGUUUUUUACAACAUAUAUCACAGACAAGUAGCUAAGGGUGGACACAGUGGUGAAGACCUCCUCGACAAUCAAAAACAGAAAAAUUGCUAAAACGUCCUAGCUGUGCAACUAGCAUUUUACUCUCCCAUAUUUUGCCCUGAUAUGCUAUAAGCUGUAUUUUUAAUGAAAAAAUAAGCAACCAUAAACUUGUGCUGCGAUUAGCACAGCAAAGAGGGAUAAGUAGUGGGACAGCAAAGCAUUGUUGGAAAGCUUGGAUACCUCUAUCCAGGUACAGUGGUGUUUCACUUUUGUUAAAUAAACAUAAAAUUGAAAGAUGUA